AUGGUUCCAAGUCUUUCUUCUACUGUAAAUUAUACUGAUCCUACAUUAGAGCCUGCAGUAACUGAAAACUCAAUCAUACGACAGAAGAUAAUAGAUUCACAGUUCAAAUGCUAUGAGAGGAUGAACAGAGCUCCUCCAUAUAAGAAAAAAGGUCUGUUCUGCAACCGAACGUGGGAUGGCUGGUUGUGCUGGGAUGACACACCUGCUGGAAGAAUCACUGCUCAGAAUUGUCCAGAUUAUUUUCCAGACUUUGAUCCAACUGAGAGGGCUUCAAAAUAUUGUGAUGAAACUGGAAACUGGUUCCGCCAUCCUGAGAGCAACCGAACUUGGUCCAACUAUACCCUGUGCAACUCUUUCACCUCUGAAAAACUGAAGAUGGCGUUCAUACUUUAUUAUAUGGCGAUCGUUGGCCAUGCUUUGUCUAUAACAUCUCUGUUGAUUUCCUUGGCAAUUUUCUUCUAUUUCAAGAGCCUCAGCUGUCAAAGGAUAACACUGCAUAAGAAUUUGUUUUUUUCUUAUGUGCUGAACUCCAUGUUUACAAUUGCCCACCUCAUUGCUGUUGUGCCUAACCCGGGCCUUGUAAAAAGGGAUCCU